AUGAGGCUUCAGUUGAGUUUACCAUUUAUUCAAUCAACACCAAAUCAAGAUCCACCUGAAGACAAACUAAACCAAGGCCAGACCAAGGAGCACCUCAAGCCCAAACGGAGGUCCAGAAGAGAACCAUGGAGCGCACGUUCCUCCUCUUGGCGGAUCUUCUCCAGCGGCCAGUGCCAAGAUACGGACCCCUCCAGGGACCCCGAUGCCAGCCUGGCCGUCUGCAAGUCCGACAUCAGAGACUUAGGGGUCCAUAGCGCCCAGAUCUUGGAGCUGCAGAGGCUGAUCCAGGAGCAGGCCCAGCAGCUAAUGGCUCUGAAGGAGAGCACAUUGGCCGCUGUGCCCCGGAUGGCCUUCACCGCCGCGGUGGGCCACUCCCUCGGCCCCGUCCCCAUUGACAUCACGGUCAAGUACCAGAUGAUCAUCUCCAACAUGGGCAACGGCUACAACCCGACCACGGGCAUCUUCACCGCCCGGGUGUCCGGCAUGUACUACUUCAGAUACACCAUGUACAACAAUGUGGGUCCAACGCCCAACUCGUUUAUGUCACUGAUGAAGAACGGCCAGCGGCUGGUGUCCACCUGGGACACAACGGGGGAUGACAGUAACGACAGUGCCAGCAACGCUGCCGUGCUGCAGCUGGAGGCCGGAGACGACGUCUACACCCUGCUCUACGCCAACCGCCAGAUAUAUGACGAUGUCGCCAACUACAACACCUUCAGCGGCUUCCUGCUCUUCCCUCUGUAAAAGGCCCGUCGGCCAUUUAGUGAGUUUUGAGGUUGACUUUCCAGAGUGAUGGUGGUUGAAAGGAGGGGCUGGCUGGAUUAUCGUUUUCUUGUUGACAAAAAUAUAUAUUUUGGCUCUGUACAACAGUAACGAAAAGCCUUUAUACAAAUAAAAUAAUAUCUAUAAUGUUUGACAUUAAUUCUGUGUGGUUUGAGUUUUUUUUCAAGAUAAAUAGAAGGGGAGAGAGGGGUUACAAACCGUUAGAUGACUGGGCAGUAACCUGUGUUUGUUCACUCUAAAAUGUAUUUAUAUUAAGCUGAGCACUCCUAGUAGGUUACUCGGGAUAUCCUAAAAGGCUUAAUGUUAAAACAGCUUAACGAGGCAAAGGAAUAUUUGACUUUGACGAAAAAAAGGAAAAUCAAACAUCAAUAUAGGACAACAUCUCUUGAUUAUUUUAAAUAUGGUAAACACCCCCCAAAAACGGAACUCAAUGUGGCUAAAUGACCUUGAAGAAAGUCAGACUGAGAUGAAAUUCAUAUCUCUCACAUUUAACCAUGAGGACAUGAUGAGAAUAGCAAGUCUAAAGGAACUGAGAAAUAUUUCAAAAGGGGUCAAAUUUAGGCGAAAAGUAGAGCUUAAUGAUGCUUAAAAACAUGAAAA